AUGCUUUCAAAACUGAAAGAUGACACCUUCACGAUCGUUGCCGCUUUCGUUGUCGGCUUUUUGCAAUUGUCAAUCUUUUUUGGGUACAACGUGAUGGGAUUCACAGUGGAGUCGGUGAUGCACAGCGUGAAAACGAGAUGCCCGGAUUGUAUUCCGGAUUUUGCUGGAUAUUAUGGCCAAUGUCUCGUUUAUGCCGUCUACACGUUUUCGAAUUUCUUUGCCCCGGGCAUCCUCCAUUCAAUCGGCAUCCGAAAGACAUUGAUCAUCGCCACCGUGUGUUUUCUCAUCUAUACAGCAUCUUUUCUUUACAUUCACAAGUUUCUCUAUUUCCCUGCAUCGGCACUAGGAGGAUUUGGGCUUUCUUUAUACUAUUUGGGUGCUGGUACUUAUUCAGCGAAACACUCGACCAAUUCGACUUUCUCGCGAAAUCAAGCAAUCUAUUGGACGGUGGCUCAAUUUUGCUGGUUUCCUGUUGGUAUGCUGAUGAUCGUCACGAAUAAAUUCAACGAGGAAAUUGGAGUAGAUGGCAUAGUAAGAAAACGAUCCGACUUUUUACCCGUUUUCUACUCAAAACUUACUCAAUUGCCG